CAAACAAUAGACAUAUACAGUAAUACAGAAGCACUAGCGCUUCUUCAGCCCCCACACCCACACGCUACCACAACAAUCUUGAGAGAGAGCUCACCGGCGGCAGUCAUGGAUCUGGUGACGGGGGCGAUGGGCAACCUCGCCCCCAAGCUGUACCAGCUGCUCCAAGGUGAAUACGAGCUGCAGAAGGGUGUGAGGAAGAAGCUCGAGUUCCUCGAUCAGGAGCUGGAGAGCAUCAAGCCUGCCCUUGACCAGGUGGCACAAGUGCCGUGGGAUCAGCAUCACACGCAGGUCAAGGUCUGGGCGCGUCAGAUGAGGGAGGCGUCCUACGACAUAGAAGAUCUGCUCGACACCUUCCUUGUGCGUGUCCAGGGUUCUGAGCCCGUUGACCAGAGCAAGCUCAAACGCGCCCUGAAGAAGAUGGGUGGCCUGUUCGGAAAAGCCAAGGCUCGCCGUGACAUUUCUAGUGCCAUCGAAGACAUCAAGAAGCAACUCCAGGAGGUGGCUGACCGGCGCGACAGGUACAAAAUCGACGAGAUUGUGGCCAAACCUGCUGACACUUCGGCAAUUGAUCCUCGUCUUGAGGCUAUGUACAAAGAGGUGACUCAGCUCAUUGGUAUUGAUAAGUCAAGAGGUGAGCUCCUAUCAAUGCUUUCGUCGCCCCAGGGGAAUGAGGUGUCCCAUGAGAAGAUGAAGAUAGUUUCAGUUGUCGGAGUUGGAGGAUUGGGCAAGACAACUCUUGCCAAAGCAGUGUAUGAUGAGCUUAAAUCGCAAUUUGAUUGUGGGGCUUUUGUUCCGGUUGGUAGAAAUCCUGACGUGAAGAAAGUCCUAAGAGACAUUCUUAUAGAUCUUGACAAUAAAGAAUUCAGGGAGCCGAAAUAUGAUAUAUUGGACGUAAGGCAGCUCAUCAACGAACUCAAAGAUUUCCUCCAAAGCAAGAGGUCCAGCUUGGCUUGCUCAAUGGGAGGACUUAAUUUCACCACGUUGGAAUUGUGGCACUACGUGUGACCUGGCGCAAAUGGGGCCUUCCUGUCUAUCUUUGUGGGUCCAUGUACUUUCAUUGCUUCUUAGCUUAGAAAAAACAAAAAAAAAAUAGAAAACCAGAAAAAAAACAAAAAAAGCAAAACCUAAAAACUACAAAAAUGCAUUAUUUCUAUAUUUCUUUUUUUGGGUUCAUUGCUUCUUAGCUUAGAAAAAAACAAAAAACCAGAAAAAAAAUGCAAAACCUAAAAACUACAAAAAAAAUGCAUUAUUUCUAUAUUUCUUUUUUUUUGGGUGGGUGGGUAGGGAACUCCGCCUAUGCAACUUGAAGUAACACUUAAUUUCGCAUAGCUGGUCCCAAGCCCAGAAAAAAAGGAGGAGGGGCUACCCAUUCACAUUGCUGAGAUGUUGUAACACUUUAACUGUUUGGUCAUAUGGUUUUGUUCCCAUCGUUCUUAUGGUUUUAAGCC